CGCCUGCCAUGUCACUCGUUCUGCCGACGUGGCGGUCGCUACCACCAACUCUAUAUAAACCAACACCUCAUGCAUCUCAGUCUCCGUCUCAGUCUUCUCCCCCUCUCACAUGCAAAAAAGUCCUCUUCUGAGAAAUUGGGGAAAUUAAUUUCAGGCGUUUUUUAGUGAGAGAAAACUGAAGGUGUGUGUUAGCGAUGGAGGCUAGGGUUUGGAGUUGUUUAGUGGUGGUUUCUCUGGCGCUGCUGGUUGCGUCUCCGGCGGCGGCGGCCGAGGAGGUGGAAAAGGUUUUGACUUUGGACCAUUCGAAUUUCUCCGACACCGUGUCCAAGCACAGCUUCAUCGUCGUUGAAUUCUACGCUCCUUGGUGUGGACACUGUAAGGCUCUAGCUCCGGAGUACGAAAAAGCGGCAGCUGCACUGAGCAGCCACGAACCUGCCAUUGUACUCGCAAAGGUGGACGCAAAUGAGGAAGUAAAUAGAGAUCUAGCCACUCAAUUUGAGAUCCAGGGUUUUCCUACCAUUAAGAUCUUGAGAAAUGGUGGAAAAAUCAUCCAAGAUUACAAAGGCCCUCGUGAGGCUGAUGGUAUCGUUGAAUACUUGAAGAAACAAGUCGGUCCUCCCUCUGCUGAAAUUAAAUCAGCUGAAGACGCUGCCAGCCUUAUUGAUGACAAAAAGAUUUUCAUUGUUGGAAUCUUUCCGAAAUUCUCUGGGGAAGAAUAUGAGAAUUUUACAGCUUUAGCUGAUAAGUUGAGGUCAGACUACGAAUUCGGUCAUACCCUUGAUGCCAAACUCAUUUCUCGAGGAGAGUCGGUUAGCAAGCCGACUGUGCGCUUGCUUAAGCCUUUUGAUGAACUCGUUGUGGACUCAGAGGAAUUUAAUGUAGAAGCACUGGAGAAAUUUAUUGAAGUAUCUACAGUUCCUGUUUUGACUGUCUGGAAUAGUGAUCCCGCUAAUCACCCGUAUGUGAACAAGUUCUUCGAGGGUCCCGGCGAUAAGGCCAUGCUAUUUGUGAACUUCAGCAAAGAGCAAGAAGCUUACCAGCCAACAUAUAAAAGUGUUGCAGCCCUUUACAAAGGAAAGGGCAUAAGCUUUAUGUUGGGUGAUGUUGAUUCCACUCAAAAUGCUUUCCAGUACUUUGGACUUAAAACGGAACAGGCACCUGUGAUUAUUGUACAGACAGCUGAGGGAAAGAAAUAUCUCCAAACAAACAUAGCAGCUAAUCAGAUUGCUUCGUGGGUGAAAGACUUCUCGAAUGGUCUAGUGAAGGAGUUCGUAAAAUCAGAGCCCAUCCCAGAAGUCAACGACGAACCCGUGAAAGUGGUUGUUCGUGACAGUCUUCAAGACGUGGUUUUCAACUCUGGAAAGAAUGUUCUUCUGGAAUUCUACGCACCAUGGUGCGGACACUGCAAGCAGCUGGCUCCAAUCCUUGAUGAAGUCGCCAUCUCCUUCGAGAGCGACCCCAAUGUUGUCAUUGCAAAAUUCGACGCAACUGCGAAUGAUGUCCCAAAGGGCGACUUUGAAGUCCAAGGAUUCCCAACUAUCUACUUCAGAUCUUCGACUGGCAGCUUGUCGCAGUACGAAGGUGACAGGACAAAGGAGGACAUCAUCAAGUUUAUCGAAACUAACCGUGACAAGACAGCCGAGGCUACCUCAACAAAAGCAGAGUCAACAACUGAAUCAGUAGAUGCAGAUUCUGUCAAAGACGAGCUAUAAAGAGGUUGUGUGCUUGAUGAGGAUCUUCUACAGUGCAGCGGGUUUUGGUUUAUUUUAGCAGGAGUUCUUAUUCAUGUUUCUUUUCCGUUUUUUUUAGGUGAAAUAAUAUCGAGUAUCGAGUACUUGUAGUAGGAUUAGAAUUGUGGGUUUUCUGGGAGUUAAAAUAUGAGAUCCAAAGCAUGUAGUGGAGACCGUAAACUUAUCAGUUAUAUCUGAAACAAUCAAUUAAUGGAAAAGUUUUGAGUACUAUACAUUUGUCU